CAAAUCCAUGUUUUGCAUAGAAAAGCAUCGAGUGCACGACUGUUUAUAUUGAAUCGACCUAAUAAACUAAAUGCUUUGAAUCUGAGCAUGAUUCGAAAUAUUGGACCACAGUUGAAAGCUUGGGAUGUUUCAACACUAGCCAAAGUCAUUAUCCUGAAAGGAGUUGGGAGGGGGAAAUUCUGUACAGGAGAUGAUUUAUUAGACAUUUCUAAGAAAGCUCAAGCAAAGAAUCCAAAUGCAUUACAUUUUUUUCAAGACAAGGCAGCUCUUGUGCAUAUGAUAGCAAAUUUAAAGACACCUUAUAUAACCUUAUUAGAUGGCUAUGCUUUGGGUGGUAGUUUGGGAUUAUUUGCCCACGGACCCUUUCGUAUCGCAACAGAAAAUUCGCUCUUUGCUGUACCUGAGGUGGAAUUAGGUGCAUGCUUGAAUGCCGGUUCUAGUUUUUUCUUAUCAAGAUUAGAUGGCGAACUGGGUACCUAUCUGGCUUUGACUGGACAUCGCUUAGAGGGUAUAGAUCUUUUUCUCUGUGGUAUAGCAACCCAUUACAUCUCUUCAUCCAGACUGCCAGCGUUGGAAAAUAAAUUGAUUGACCUUGAGACUAUAGAGCACGAGAUCAUACAACAGGUACUGGAGAAAUUUGUAGAAAGGAAAGAGCCCAGCGUUAUUAGUCUUUCACAAGACAUGAAACAGAUGAUCGAAAGGUGCUUCGCUUUUAACACCGUCGAGGAUAUCAUAUAUGCAUUAGAAAAAGAAAGAGAAACACCAUGGAUUCGAGAAACGAUACAAAAGCUACUAGCUGUUUCCCCAACGAGCUCAAAAGUCAUGUUGAAGGUUCUCAGAAAAGCAAAGGGAAUGCCGCUCAACGAGUGUUUGACAAUGGAAUUUGAUCUUAUUCAGAAAUUCUUGGUUACAAGUGAUUUUCAUAUCGGAAUUGAUUCAACAUUCAAUAAUAAAGCACCUAAAAAGCCUUUGUGGCAGCCACCUCAUAUUUCAGAUGUGUCAGAGGAUGACAUCGAUCGACUGUAUUUUACGAGGUCAUCACCGAACGAGUUACGCUUGCCUUCUCCAAUGGAUAUCAAACAAUAUCCAUACUGGCGUUUUGCUUUACCAUCUGGAGAUGAUAUAAAAUCCGUGUUGGAUGGGGUAAGCCCUGAAUUUGGCUUGGGCCAGCGUUUGGAGCGAACGGAAGAGGUUAUAGACUGGUUUGUCGCUAGGCACAAAAACAAAUGGGGUGUCCGCGAAAAGGUUACAGAAUUCCUUUCUCGAAGGGCCGUCUCUAUUGACUAA